AUGACUGGCCCUGCCGAGGAGCCUGUCAAGGCCGAAGAGAAGCCCGUCAAUGCUGGCGACGUCGUCGAGCCUGAGAAAAACGAGGAUCAGACCGAGGCCGAGGCUCCCACUGAGCAGCCCGCCAAAGCCGAGCCCAGCGAUGAGAAAGAAGAUUCUAAACCCUCCAAAUCUACCGAGGCGACUGAGUCUGCCAAGUCCACCGAGGACUCAAAGCCGGCCAGUGUCCUAAAGACGACCGCCUCAGUCGAUCGUCGUAACCCCGCGAACAACAGCAAGUUUGAUGCUUCCAAGCUUCCACCCUCUGAAGACCCGGACGCCAUGCGCAGACAGGUUGAGUUUUACUUCAACGAUGCCAACCUGCCCAUGGAUGAGCACAUGUGGAACUUGACCGGCGGGCCCGAGAACAAGCCUGUCCCGCUCAAGCACAUCGCUGCAUUUUCGCGCAUGCAGCGCUUCCCCGACUACGAGAAACUUGUCGCCGCCCUCAAGGAAAGCUCCGAGCUCAAAAUCACCGGCGAGCCGGGCGAGGAAGUCAUCACGCGCAAGGUCCCCUACGUCCUCAGCACCGACAAAUCAAAGCACAUGAAGCGCAGUGUUUACGUCAAGGGCUUCGGCGACGAGGAGCCCACCACCCAGUUCGAUCUCGAGGCCUUCUUCUCCCAGUUCGGCCACAUCAAUUCGGUUCGCCUCCGCCGGACCGAGGAGAAGCUCUUUAAGGGCUCCGUCUUUGUCGAGUUCCACGACGAGGAAGGCGCCAAGAAGUUUUUGGAGCUCGACCCCAAGCCCAAGUGGAAGGGCCACGACCUCAAGAUCAUGUCCAAGGAGGCCUACGUCAGGGAGAAGAAGGAGCUCAUCGACAAGGGCGAGAUCGAACCCCAGAGCAGCUACAGGCGCUUCUGGGAGGGCCAAGGAGGGAAGGGCAACAAACACCCACGCGGCCGCGGCGGCAAGGGCGGUCAUGUUGACAAAGACGACUGGAAAAAGCGUCGGGACGACGACCAGAAGAACGGUUUCCGAAACGGUCGUGGCCGAGGUCGGGGCCGCGGUCGGGGUCGGGGCCGAGGAGGUCAUGGUCGCGGCGGCCGGGAUCGCGACGAAGGGAGGAAGAAUGGCCAGAAGGAGGCCCAGGACGAUCGGAAUGGUGCGCAACCCAUGAUCCAAGCGACGACUGCCGGCGGCGAGCCCGCCACCGCAAACAACAAGCGACCGCGCUCGGAUGAGGGCCACAUUGGCGAGCCACAAGCGAAGAAGGUCGAUACCAAGGCCGAUGCUGCAUAG